UCCACCGCCAAGAAGUCAACUAUGGGUCCCCUUUCAGUGUUAUUCUUCUUCUUUUUUCCAAAAUGUCAUGGUUUCUGUCACCAAUAACCCUCGGGCACCUCAGAGGAAUAGUACUGAUCAUCGAAAACCAGAGCCUGUAGAGAUUGUUUGUAACUACUGUCGUAAGCCAGGCCAUAUGAAACGUGAUUGUCGGAAAUUGCUAUGUAAGAAUAGUCAACGAUCUCAACAUGCUCAGAUAGCCUCCACAUGUGAUAUACCAGAGGCGUCAGUUACUAUUUCGACAGAUGAGUUUGCUAAGUUUCAGAAUUACCAAGAGUCAUUACAAGCGUCAUCUUCCUCUACUCCGAUUGCAUCCACUGUUGCCCCAGGAUCGUGUGACGAAGAAGAUUAUUGGUAGAGGAUAUGAGUCAGGAGGCCUUUAUCUCUUUGAUCAUCAAGUAUCGCAAGCUGUGGCGUGUCCUGUCGUUCCCUCUCCUUUUGAAGUCCAUUGUCGUUUAGGUCAUCCAUCUUUGUUCGUGUUGAAGAAACUUUAUCCAGAAUUUAGGUCUUUGUCCUCUUUAAAUUGUGAUUCGUGUCAAUUUGCGAAAUUUCAUC